AUGGGUAAAAAGUCAUUCAAGCCGAAUCCUGAUACGUCCACUGCCGAGACUUCGAAUACUGCUGGUGUCUUAUUCUCGGCAUUCGAUCGCACUGCAGCUGCCGAGCACUUUGCAAUUGUAACACACAGCGUUGAUCGCCACCGACUUCGGAUCUUUAGCACACGAUCUGGCACCGUCAGCAACGAUUACUCUGCCGAAAACAAAGAACGAUUCACUUGUCUCUCUUGGGGAUCGGUCAUUGACAAUGGUGGUCUUGGUCAGUCACAUGAUGGAAAGGCUGGCAAGAAGCGAAGGACACAUGAUACAUUGAAGGUGGUCGCAUUGGGUACAAACACAGGCAACAUCCUUCUUUACUCUCUUGCACAUGGCAGUAUUGUCAAGCGAUUAUCGGAUGCACAUACUAUGCCAGUGACAGACUUUGUCCUCAACAAGGCAGGCACCAAGGGUUAUUCAAUUUCAGAAGACAACUAUGUGGUGGAAUGGGACAUUGAACAUGAGAAGGAAAUCUUCAAAUGGAAGGCCAAUGAAAAGAGCGUCCGUCGAUUAGCAUUGAGCCAUGAUCAAACCAAGCUUGCUAUUGCUGGUCAUGCUAUUAGUCUUUGGAAUGUGGAUGAACGUAAAGCUUUCAAGAAAUUCACGGGUCAUGCUAGCUUUGUCAAAGAUCUCGAAUUUUCUCAAGAUGACGAUCUUUUGAUUUCGAUUGCUGAUGAUGAUCGUUACAUCAACGUGUGGGAUGCUCAAUCAACCAACAACAAUGCCAACAACUUGACAGCUCUUACUCUUGAAAACAACGCUUCACAAAUCGACUUUUCAGAAACCGAAUCUUCAGUAUUGGCCGUCGCUGAGGAUGGCACUGUGGGUAUUUGGGAAAAUGCUUCUUCUUCUGGUGUUGCAUCUGCUCCUCGCCAUCGACGAAAGGCUGCUCGUGUCACUACUCGUCAAGCUGAAUCCAACAUCAAGGUGAUUGCUAGCACUGAAGAGGACAAUGAGACCAUCAUCCCUGUACUUGCUGCAAGCUUUGUCUCUGAUCACAAUGGAAAGGCUGUUAUGAUUGCACGUGGUUCGAGUUUCUUGCCAUCCUUUGAAGUGGUGCGAUACGUGAACGAAGAAACGGGUGCAGUGUUGGAUGAUAUUGUUUUGACCCGACAACAACAAGGCAAUCAUUUGGUGGAUGAUGCUUCAGUGGCAAUGAAUAACUUGAAAACGACUCGCAAGACAUACAAGGAAGGUGCAAUUAAGGUGAUUGGCAAUACAGACUUUUCAAUGCAAAACCCCACCAUGGAGGAUGGCCAUGCUGCUGGUGGAGAGUCAAUAGGCCCUUCUAUUGCCGACAAGCUUAAUGAGAUGGAAUUGGAGGAUGGCACAGCGGGUGAUGCCGACAAGAGCAAAAAGUCGCAGGAUACGCCCAACAUGCCAGCAGCUGGAUCACUGCAACAAGUACUUGUACAAGCCCUUCACACCAAUGAUCAACAUCUUUUGGAGUCAUGUUUUAUGCACAGCAAACCCGAGGUGAUUCGAUCCACUGUACAACGGUUACCUAGCACCUAUGUGAUUCCCUUGAUGCAACAACUCAUUGCACGAUUCCAAAACAAACCCAACCGAGGACCCGCAUUGGCUGAAUGGAUCAAAACGGUUCUUCUUGUACACACCAGCUAUCUCAUGACCGUACCUGAUUUGGUGGGCAAGUUGUCAAACUUUUAUCAAGCAUUGGAUUCACGUCUCGCUGUGUUCCCCAAGCUCCUUGCAUUGCGUGGUCGUUUGGAUCUUAUUCAAAAUCAAAUCGACACACGGACACGACAUAGCGAACAAGAAGCUACCGAUGGCACCAAUGUCUAUGUGGAACAGGAUUCAGAUGAUGAAGCUGAAGCGGAUGGAUUCAUGAGUGAUGAUGAAGAAGCACGAGCCUAUCUCAGUAGCGAUGAUGAAGAUAUGGCAGAUGCCAUGGAGGAAGAUGUAUCCGAUGACGACGAUGACCUAUAG